AUGGCCACCUCCUCGGUGUCCAAGGGCUGUUUUGUGUUUAAGCCAAACUUCAAGAAGAGAAAGAUCUCUGUGCCAAUAGAGGAGUAUUUUAAUGAAGGGAAAAAUGAGUCUGAGGACAGUAAGCUUCGAUUUGAAACUUAUCAGGUGAUAUGGCAGCAGAUGAAAUCUGAAACUGAGAAAAUGCAAGAGGAAUUAAAUAAAAACCUGUUUGACAGUCUAAUCAAAUUUCUACAAAAGUCUCAUUCUGGAUUCCAGAAGAAUUCAAGAGACUGGGGCUGUCAAAUAAAACUAAGAGAAAUUCCAACUGCUGCUCUUAUUCUAGGUGUGAAUGUAACAGAUCAUGAAUUUACAUUCAGAAGUCUAACAGAAGCCAUUCAGCAUAAUGUCACUCCAUAUGUAGUUAAAUUGCAAGCUAGAGACUGUCCAGAUAUAAAACAUUUUUUGCAAAAGCUGUUCUCACAGUUGAUGGACUGCCAUGUAGAUGUGGAAUCCAAAGAAGAGGAAAAAGAUAUCCAGAAAAAGACACAUUGUUCAAUGGAUUCUCUUUCCAGUUGGUAUAUGAAUGUCACACAGAAGACAGACCAAGGAAAGCCACGGAAAAAGAGGACUUCUAGCCAAUGGCAAUCUCCUCCUGUUGUGCUUAUCUUAAAGGAUAUGGAAAGCUUCACCACAAAAGUACUCCAAGACUUCAUAAUUAUCAGCAGUCAGCAUCUACAUGAAUUUCCACUAUUACUCAUUUUUGGAAUUGCCACAUCUCCUGUUAUCAUCCAUCGGUUGCUUCCUCAUGCAGUAUCAUCUCUGUUGUGUAUAGAAAUAUUCCAAUCUUUGUCUUGCAAGGAGCACCUGACUACAGUAAUUGAUAAGUUACUUCUUACAACUCAAUUUCCCUUUAACCUAAGUGAAAAAGUAUUACAGAUUCUGACCAGCAUCUUUUUAUAUUAUGAUUUCUCAAUACAGAACUUUAUAAAAGGACUUCAGCUUUCUCUAUUAGAGCAUUUCUAUUCCCAGCCCCUCAGUGUUCUGUGUUGUAAUCUCCCAGAAGCCAAGAGAAGAAUACAUUUUUUAUCAGAUAAUCAAUGUGAAAACAUUCGACGUCUUCCAUCAUUUAGGAGGUACGUGGAAAAGCAAGCUACAGAAAAGCAGGUUGCACUGUUGACUAAUGAGAGAUUUUUAAAGGAGGAGACACAAUCAUUACUAGAAAGCCUGCAUGUGUACCAUACAAAUUACUUUCUGGUUUUAAGAUGUCUUCAUCAGUUCACAUCUUCUCUUCCCAAGUACCCAUUGGGUCGACAGAUCAGGGAGCUGUACUGCACAUGUUUAGAAAAAAACAUAUGGGAUUCAGAGGAGUAUGCAUCGGCCUUGCAGCUGCUGAGAAUGUUGGCAAAGGAUGAACUGAUGACCAUCCUUCAGAAGUGUUUCAGCAUUUUAAACUCCUCUUCUGAAAAGCAGCUUGGCAGCACAGCAAAGAGGAUAGAGGAGCUCCUGGCCCAGCUUCAGAGCCUUGAUGAAGUCAAAGAGGAAGAAGAUGCUUCCGGGUCACAGUCAAAGGGGCUUCAGAAGACAGACCUCUAUCAUCUUCAGAAGUCAUUAUUGGAAAUGAAGGAGUUAAGAAGAACAGGAAAGAAACAGACCAAGUUUGAAGUUCUGAGAGAAAAAGUUGUGAACUUCAUUGACAGUCUGGUGAGAGAAUACCUUCUGCCUCCCGAGACACAGCCUCUGUACGAGGUGGUGUACUUCACCGCUGCUCACACCCUUCACGAGCACCUCAAUGCUGCUCCGCGAUUGGCCCUCCACACUGCACUCAACAACCCCUAUUAUUAUCUCAAGAAUGAAGCACUGAAAAGUGAAGAAGGCUGCAUUCCAAAUGUCGCCCCAGACAUCUGCAUAGCAUAUAAAUUGCACCUCGAGUGUAGCAGGCUAAUCAACCUUGUGGACUGGUCAGAGGCUUUUGCAACAGUUGUGACAGCUGCUGAAAAAAUGGAUGCCAAUUCUAUAACCUCAGAAGAAAGGAAUGACAUUAUUCAUGCUCGGUUCAUUAGAGCUGUUUCUGAACUAGAACUUCUAGGAUUUGUAAAACCUACCAAACGGAAGACUGACCACGUGGCAAGGCUAACAUGGGGAGGCUGCUAG